CAACUGUUGUGGGUCUGGCAAGGCAGUUGAAACCUCGUGGCUGAUGAACACCGUAUUGUAGUGUAGUUUGAGUUUAUUUAAAAUCAACAAAUUUUAAUUUUAUUAUUCAUUGAAAUAAAGUGAUGUCGUUUAAUCGUGGUCGUCGAGGUGGGGGUCGUGGUGGCGGUGGCGGUGGUGGUGGCCACCGUGGAGGAGGUGGUGGCGGUGGUCGUGGAGGAGGUUUCCGUGGAGGUGGCGGUGGCGGUGGUGAUCGAUUUGGCGGCCGUCGGUUUGACCAAGGACCUCCUGAUCGUGUUAUACCUUUGGGGCAUUACAGUUACCCGUGUGAAGAUGAUCUGGUUUGCAAGGUUGAAGUUGAAGACGUACCUUAUUUCAAUGCACCCAUAUUUUUGGAAAAUAAAGAGCAAAUUGGCAAGAUUGAUGAAAUCUUCGGCACGAUACGGGAUUAUUCUGUGACAGUAAAAUUGUCGGAGAAUAUGAAUGCGAAGAGCUUUAAACCACAACAAAAAUUGUUCAUAGAUCCUUCGAAGCUACUCCCAAUCGCGAGAUUUUUGCCUAAGCCUCCACAACGAAAAGGUGGCAAGAAAAAGGGACCUGAUGGCGGAGUAGGUGGUGCUCGCAGAGGUGGUAGGGGUGGAAACAACCGAGGAGGUGGAUUUGGUCGAGGCGGUGGAGGUGGAGGUGGAAAUGGGGGAGGUGGCCGUGGAGGUUUCAAUAAAGGACGUGGUGGCGGAAGAGGUUUUCAAAGAGGUGGUGGUGGUGGCGGCGGCGGUGGUGGCAGAGGUCGCUGGUAGCUCUAAUGAAAUUUAUUCCUCAAGCUAUUAUAAUUCUCUAUAUGCGUGGAAAUGUAUUCAAUGAGCAUAUUAGAUAGUAGUAGUGAAGUAUAUUUAAUAAGUAUAUAAUAUAUAAUGUUCGAAAUUUAUAUUUUAUUGUACGGGAGAGUAUGUACAUAUUGAAAGUAAGGGCACGCUAAACACUUCAACAGUCUUGAAAUAAACCGUAAAACAAUUUGUUCUGAAAAUA